CUGCUAUUACUCUUCCUGUUCAAUGACUUAGACAUUUCAGAUCCAUUUUAAUGAGAACAGCUGUUUUUUUUCCCCCUCAGAGUGAAUGGCCUCUUUCAAAACCUGUUGAGCCUCUGUUGGAGAGCAAAUUGUGUUACUAAUGGUGAUUUCCAGUGCAGAUGGCUGAACAGCAAUCAGGUAAAGCACACAGAGAAAACUCCAUGUUAAUUCUGGCUCAGCAAGACGGAAUCAUAUGAGAAGAUAGUAACAAGCUCUUAUUCAAUAAAGCAAACCAGAAAGGUUUGGAAGGAACAGUAGAUUGAGAACUUGAAGUUCAUUUUUUCAUGGGAGGAAGCAGACAACUGUUAAUAAGAAGAGCAGAUGCAUUAAAGAGAUUAUGAGUUUAUGAAAACAAAGGCUUGUCUGAAAUACACACCUAUAUUUUUACCAUUUUUAAAAAGAACAAUGUGUUGCAAAUGCUUCACUAAUGAAUGAAGGAUGUAAGUCUUUAUAACUCUUUUGCCUGCUGGAUGACACUGGAUUCUCUGUCUUAUGGACAUCAGAAGAGAAGAUGUCCCAAGAAUUUAAUCUUAACUUACUUAAGGAACUGGAGCAAGAAAUUGUUCUAAAUGUCCUUUGCCGUGAUGAGAUGUUGAGAAAACUGGAGGAACAAAGAGUAAGAAAACUGAAAAUCCAACUGCAGCACCUUUGGCGUAAAGGAACAAAAAAUGCCAACUAUGGCUCUCAGAAACGGUCAUGUGCCCGUUGUCAGAAGUCGUUUGGAAUCCUGAUCGAUAGAGGAGCAGUGUGCAAAGGAUGCAGCCAUCAUAUAUGCUCUCAAUGUCGCAUUACUGUAAAUGCCUUUCUGUGGAAAUGCACUGUCUGCUAUGCUUCUGAGGCUAUUAAAGUGAAGACAGGUGAAUGGUUCUUUGAGGAGCGAGCAAAGAAAUUCCCCACUGAAGGUAGAUAUGAAACCGCUGGUGCGAAACUCUUGAAGUCUUAUCAGAAAUUAAGCAAAGUAUCAGUGAUUCCUCCAACUCCUCCACCUUUUGCUGAAUUGACCAAUAGAACGAGUAUAUUGGAACUUAAUCCAGGUUUCCACAAGUCUAUGGAAAACCUUUUUCUGUCUUUUACUACACAUAUCAAAAAAAUCUCAAAGUCACAGAAUGAUGUGGACAAUGAGAAAUACCUUCUUACAGCAAAUUAUGGGCCAGACAAGAAUCCAGUGAAGGAUAGGAGAAGCCUAUCUGAUACUGCUAUUGAUAUGUCAACUAGGAAAUCAUGUACCAAUGGAGAACAAGAUUACAGCAGAACUGCUUGCAUAAAAGCAUCAAGUGACGAAGUCAUAUCCUCCAUAGUUACAAAUGAUGCCUUAAUCUGUGCAGAUAAAAAAUGUGAUAGUUUAUACAGUAUUAGCAGUGUUUGCAGUGGCGCUGUUGACUUUGCAAAAGCUGAUGUAUGUGGUGAAAUAGAAUUUGCCAUUAGAUAUAAUUUCAAAUUUGGCAUUUUGGAAGUAUGCAUCAGCGCCUGCAAGAAUUUGGCCUAUGGAAAGGAAGAAAAAAAGAAAUGCAAUCCAUACAUCAAGACUUACUUGCUGCCUGAUAAAUCUCCUCAGAAUAAACGGAAGACUUCUGUCAAAAAGAACACACUGAAUCCAACGUUCCAAGAAAUAUUAAAGUACAAUAUUGAAUAUUCCCAACUGCAAACCCGACAGCUUCAGAUAUCCGUCUGGCAUGCUGGAAUUUUCAGACAUUCUGUAUUCCUUGGAGAAGUUGUGAUAGACUUUGAAUCCUGGGAUUUUGAAAACUACUCUGCUCAGUCAUUCAACUGGUAUCAACUGAAAGCCAAAGUGAUAUGACUGAAUUCGGUUUAUUUAUGUUUACUGUAUUUGUACAUGUUUCUUGUUUCUUUUAACAUUUUAAGAAUAAAUGUGCCAUAAGCAGUUCAUUUCCCCCCCCCCCCAAUAAAGUAGGUGUUAAGUGUUUUAAUUACUGGAAUCAUCCCUUCCCUGUGCCAGCUAGGUAAAAUUACUGAGCUUGACUCCUGGCAAUUUCAUAAAAACAUCCAAGUAGAUUAUGUUUGCCAACAGUAUAAAUGUGCCUUGUGGUAACCUUCCAGUAUUUUUUUUUUUUUUGACUUCUUGAUCUAGCAUCUGACCAUGGAAUUUUCUGGCUCUUCUACAAUGUCCAAUCCAAAGCAUUAACCAACUUUAUUCCUGCUAUUUUUUUUUUAAAGAUUUACCUAGGUCAGCAGAUUCCUGUUAUUCCCCUUGGCAUUCGGGUCAGAUAGUUAGGUGAGCACGGUUGAUGAUAGGUCUUUAUGUUUUGGAGUUGUCAUUUUAACCAGAAUAUCAUGGCUUAUAUUUUAUUGUUGUGUUUUAAUCUUUGUAUGCUGACCAGAGUCAUUAUUGUGAAAUGUGUGGCUUUAUAAACUAUUUAAAUAAAUAACUCUUCCAUUUAAUAUAUGUAAUGAAGAAAAACCAGAAGUUUUCAGUGCAUUCUGCUUCACCAUUCUUUAAAUGUUUAAUCAAAGUUCCCUUUCAUAUACCUUUGAACCCACUGGUUUCUGUUCUGCCCCUGGAGCAAAGAAAAAAAAAAGUCCUAUCAUAUAUGCAGUAGUAUUUUAAAUAUUUGUAGACGGCCAUUGCAUCUGCUUUAAAAUCUGGUCUGAAUACAUUCAAGGUAAGAUGAUAGCCAUCAGUUUCCAUUAGAGAACAUAAUUAAAAACUAGUCCAGAGUUUAAUGGAAUCCUCAUAUAGAACAGACCUGUGUUCCUGAGGGCAUAAUGUUGGAGGAUAAACAAUUGGAGGUAACUACGACUUCCAUUCAAUACUUCUGGAUUUCUAUUUUGAAAAUAUCUUAUCUAAAAAAAAAAGGAUCUAAUGAAAUAUAAUCAUCAGCAUUUGAAUGGAUGUAGUAAAUUUCUGGCCUUAAAUUUGAUUCAAGAAGUUAGUACAUUUUUUUUUCCUCAGAGAAGAUCAUUAUUCUAGGUAGACCACACCUCUUAGUAUAGUGGGAUAUCAGAUCACCCACUAUGCCAGUGAAUAUCCGAUGUUCAAAUGGGUAGUGGAAUAAUAUCAAUGAUCUCAGUGAAUUUUCAUGUAGUACUUUCAGUUUCUACAUCUUGGUCUGUUAAGAAUUACAACCCAGACUGACUGACAAUAGAAGUCACAAACUGAGAACUAAGCAUGAAAAUGAGUCAGAUAAUAAUGGUGGUGGAUGGAGAAAGCUGCAUUUCUUGAUUGCAUGGAAAAAGCACAGCAUAAUUAUUUUGAUAUCAGUAGCAAGAUAUUCCUCAAGCCAGUUUCAUUCUCAAAAUAUAACAAAUGAGGAUUUCUAGCUUCUGUAUGAAAGUCAAACCACUUGUCUAAUUUUGUAUAUAGAUAAAUAAAAGAUGGUGCUGGC